ACAUGUUCCGUUGGCCGUCACGUAGUGGCCCUACAAUUCUAACCUAUCCCAAUAUGAGCUGCUAAUAAUUUUCUCAUCUUUAAUCGUGUACGGUAAUUGUGAAAUAAAAUGGAAAAUUGUGACGACGAUGUGUUAAAAAGGCCGAUUUGUUAAUAAUGGUGUUCUCUUAAGUUUAAUUAUGAAUAAAACAAUGUUUAUUUUGUGGCAUUCAUGGCUGCAAUCAAUGACGAGUGGGGGAAACGGAAUUAAGUUGUAAAGAAUAUUUUGUGUUCACCGUAAAAGGACUCCAUUUCUGUGUAUAAAUGUGAUUAAUAAUUGAAGAAAGUUUUCACAGCCGGAUGACACCAUGAGCAUGUUCGAAGCAGAGACUAUCGAGCUACCCAAAAUGGUUGAAGCUGUCGAAGAAAGUCCAAACGGCCGACAGAAUGUUGAUCAAACGCCGCCCGUGUCUUCACCACCUCCGGUGUCGCCGUUUGUCAAGUUUGAAAUGUUCGAAUUUGAGGUGCCGCCCGAAGCGCCCGUUUUUCACCCCACAGAAGAGGAGUUCAAAGACCCGCUCGCUUAUAUUAAUAAAAUACGACCGGUCGCUGAAAAUACGGGAAUAUGCAAAAUUAAACCUCCUUCGAAUUGGCAACCGCCGUUUGCUGUCGACGUAGAUAAACUUCGUUUCACACCCCGUAUCCAAAGACUUAAUGAAUUGGAAGCCAAAACUAGAAUAAAAUUAAAUUUUUUAGAUCAAAUUGCAAAGUUUUGGGAAUUGCAGGGAUCCUCCCUGCGAAUUCCCAUGAUUGAAAAACGAGCGUUAGAUUUAUACACACUGCAUCGAUUAGUUAAAAAAGAAGGCGGAUCGGAUCACGUAACGAAAGAGAGGAAAUGGUCGAAGAUCGCCGCCUUGAUGGGAUACCCGACGGGCAAAGGAAUUGGUACCAUUUUAAAGUCGCACUUUGACAGGCUUUUAUACCCGUACGAUAUUUUUCGGGAUGGAAAGUCGGUUAAAAUCAAAAUGGAAUCCGACCCACCUGAGUCAGUCAAAUUGGAAAAAGACACAGAUUACAAACCGCAUGGUAUUGUUGGCCGUAUGACGGUCAAGCCCCCGUCGGAUAAACAUUUUCGACGUUCUAAACGAUACGAAAUGGAACCGGAUAAAGAAGCAAAAACUGACUGUGCACCAGAGUGUUCAGCGAAAAUUACGAGUGAUCUAAUCCCGGCUGAAACCUCGGACAGUGAGCAAAAUAAAGAAUUAAAGCGGCUACAAUUUUACGGCGCCGGUCCGAAGAUGGCCGGUUUUAAUAAUCGCAAAAACGAAGUGAAGAAGAAACUGAAAUCGUCGCUGUACGAAUUUGAUCCUUUGGCUAAGUACAUUUGUCAUAAUUGCGAUAGAGGUGAUGUGGAGGAGUGCAUGUUGUUGUGCGAUGGUUGCGAUGACAGUUACCAUACGUUCUGUUUGAUGCCACCUUUAACGGAAAUUCCCAAAGGCGAUUGGCGUUGUCCUCAGUGUGUUGCGGUUGAGGUGUCCAAACCAACGGAGGCGUUUGGUUUUGAACAGGCUCAACGUGAGUACAGUCUGCAGCAGUUUGGCGAAAUGGCCGAUCAGUUUAAAUCUGAAUACUUUAAUAUGCCAGUUCAUCUUGUACCGACUGGUGUGGUCGAAAAGGAAUUUUGGAGAAUUGUGUCUUCCAUUGAUGAGGAUGUGACUGUUGAAUAUGGGGCUGAUUUACAUACAAUGGAUCAUGGAUCUGGAUUUCCCACUGCGACUUCGCUCAAUUUGCAUCCAGGCGAUUUGGAGUACGCGUACUCUGGUUGGAAUUUAAAUAAUUUGCCCGUCCUAGAUGGGUCCGUCUUGGGGUACAUCCAUGCUGAUAUAUCAGGAAUGAAGGUACCUUGGAUGUAUGUUGGUAUGUGCUUUGCGACCUUUUGUUGGCAUAAUGAAGAUCACUGGAGUUACUCUAUAAACUACUUGCAUUGGGGUGAACCAAAAACCUGGUACGGCGUUCCUGGAAGUAAGGCCCUUGCGUUUGAAGAGACCAUGAAGCUUGCUGCUCCGGAGCUAUUCCAUUCUCAACCAGAUCUCUUGCACCAACUAGUAACUAUAAUGAAUCCAAAUAUUUUAAUGAAUGCUGGCGUGCCAGUGUUCAGAACUGAUCAACGUGCAGGGGAGUUUGUCGUUACAUUCCCAAGAGCGUACCAUGCGGGAUUCAAUCAAGGGUAUAAUUUCGCAGAAGCCGUCAAUUUUGCGCCAGCCGAUUGGUUGAAAAUGGGCCGCGAAUGUGUUCUACAUUAUUCACAUUUGCGUCGCUUCUGCGUAUUUUCCCACGACGAAUUAGUGUGCAAAAUGGCAUGUGAACCUGACAAAUUGAGUCCUCUAAUAUCGGCGACCACAUACCAAGAUAUGCUUCAAAUGGUAGAUACGGAAAAGAAGCUUCGGAAAACACUCCUUGAAUGGGGGGUGACCAGUGCAGAACGAGAGGCUUUUGAGUUACUUCCAGAUGACGAACGUCAGUGCGAGAUUUGCAAAACGACAUGCUUCCUGUCAGCUAUAACUUGUAGCUGCAACUCCGAUACGCUUGUUUGUCUUCGCCACUACGCCUCUUUAUGCAAUUGUCCUCCAGCUAAUCACACUUUGCGUUACCGUUACACACUGGACGAACUACCUCGAAUGCUGCAGAAGCUGAAGAUAAAAGCCGAAGCUUUUGAUGUGUGGCUAAGUAAAGUAAAAGAUUCUUUGGAUCCUGCCGUACCGUCAACUUUAACAUUGUCCGAGUUACGAGGUCUCUUAACAGAAGCUGAAGAAAAGAAAUUUCCGAAAUGUGACCUGCUUACAACAUUGUCCAAUGCCAUAGAUGAUGCCGAGAAAUGUGCGAGUGUGAUCCGCCAGUUGGACUCAUCUAUGGCACGAACUCGUACCCGUAAUUGUAGUGACAGAAAAUAUCAUUUAGAUUUCGAAGAGUUAGAAUUGUUUAUUGGCGAAAUUGAAAGCUUAGCUUGCAUCUUGGAUGAAUCGAAAAUUGUUCGCGAACUUUUAAACGAAUCGAAAAAAUUUGAAGAAACCGGUCAGCAGUUACUAUCUCUUCCAUUGAAAGAAUGCGCGAUAUCGGCUUUAGAAAAGUGUUUGGAGCACGGGGACACAAUUUGCAUCGAGUUACCAUCUUUGGGGGCCGUUCGUUCGAGACUGAAUCAGGUGAAGUGGCUAAAAGAGGUGGAGACUGUGCGGGACACCAAGAUGGAGUCUGUAACUUUGGAAGAUAUUACUCAGUUGAUAGAAUCGAGCGAGUCUGUCAAACCUCAUGCAAGUAUAGAUAGCGAGUUGGCCGCUUUAAAAACACUCCUCCAACAAGGUGAGAAAUGGAAUUUACGGGCAAAUGCUUUACUCAGCAAUCCACCGACGCAAAAUGUCGUCGGCGAAAUUGAAAGUUUACUCUCAGAAGCGGAAGAUAUAGAGCUGCACUUGCCGAACGAGUCUUUUCUUAAAGAAAUUAAAACGAACAUCAAACAGUGGCUGAAGAACUUAGAGGAAAUUAAUGCGGCAGAAUAUUACCCUUAUAUUAAUAACUUGGAGGAGUUAUACAAUAGAGGGCAACUUAUUCCGAUACCUUUACCCGAUCUUGUCGACCUCGAACAUUACAUCGUGGCAGCUUACGAAUGGAAGGACAAAACCAGUCGAACAUUCUUAAAGAAGACGACCGCGUUAUCGCUGAUGGAUGUAUUGUGCCCUAGAUCUCCGUCGAUGAUGUCGCCGGUUAAAAAUCGAAAAAAGGCAGUGGAGGAGCCGCAAUUUGUGAUCACAAGUGAUAUGGAACCUACGGAUAUCGUGAAUAAGUUUAAGGACGCCGAAGAGGUCGAAUUGGAAGGGUUUAAGAGUUUGCGACUUUUGAAUUCUGCGAAGCAGUGUGUGCCCGGCGAUGAUGCUAAGUUCUGUCUCUGUCAACGCAGUGCCUUCGGCUUAAUGAUGAGAUGCGAAUUAUGCAGGGACUGGUUUCAUUCCAGUUGCGUAGUGUUACCAAAAAUUGCUAAUAUUAAGUUUAACGGAAGCUUCAACGAUAUCGCUUUGCGUAUGGGUUUUAAAGACUGUAAAUUUUUGUGCCCAAUGUGUUACCGAACGAAACGUCCCCGAUUAGAAACAAUUCUCACCUUGUUAGUGUCGUUACAAAAGUUAUCCGUCCGAAUUCCAGAAGGCGAAGCCUUACAAUGUUUAACAGAACGUGCUAUGACGUGGCAGGAUCGGGUGAAGCAAUUACUGCAAGAGCACGAAUUUGAAACUGCCAUCGCAAAACUCUCCCUCGCCACUCAAAAAUCAUCUGAGAACGCAGCUCGACAGAAAUCCGAGAAAAUUUCGACGGAACUAAAGAAAAAUCUCGACAUACAGCCAUCUAUUCAAGAAUUAGGAAACGCCAGUGGACUUAACUCUACCGAUAGUUUAGAUAAUAAUGAUAAUGCGUCGACGUCCGCAUCAUCUCUUACUCUUAUUGAUGAUGCGAUCGACGAACACGCGUACUCGCUACAUUUCCCAAAUCCGUUCUGUAAUAAUGAUACUACAGUGCAAUUCUCCAAUGAAGCCAAACAGCAAUUAGAAGACUUAUUAAUGGAAGGAGAUGUUUUAGAAAUUUCUUUAGAUGAAACGCUUCAUUUAUGGAAACUUCUCCAAGCAUCACGAGAUCCAAAUAAGGAACCGGUUUUGAUCGAUUUCGAUGCUCUAAAUAAGAAUUUGGACACAAAAAAAGGUCGUAAAAGGAAUUCUGACGAGACGGAGCUUAAGAAGAUAAAACAAUUGAAAACCGAAACCGAAAAAAGACAAACCAAAAGGAAGCCCAAAGAUAAUGCUAAGAGAAGAAACGAAGGAAGUGGCCGCAAAGGUAGAUCUCGGCGUACUCAAUGCAGUUCAGACGAAGAGGAUAUCGACGAGAAGUGUGCCGCAACGAGUUGCCUUCUGCCGACAGGUCAGGAAGUUGAUUGGGUGCAAUGCGACGGCGGUUGCGAGCUGUGGUUCCAUAUGGCCUGCGUGGGGUUGUCCGCGCAGGAAAUUAAUGAGGACGAGGAUUAUAUUUGUAUCAGUUGCUCGCAGAGUAAUUCCGCGUAUGGCAGUUUGCAGCAGUCGCCAGAAACCGAAACGUUGGAUACGCCCCACUCGCCCGAUAUAGCACAACUAACGACGCAAAGGGAGGGUAUAGCGAAAUCUAUAAUUUGCUACAAAAUUUAAAACCUAAAGUUUUGUUUUCCUAUUGGCAUGUUGGCAAGUAUUUUAGAUUGUAGACUGUAUAAACACUUAACGUAAUUGAUUUGUGAUAACUUUAGGUUUAAUGGUAUAAUGCAAAUUUUUAGGUAUUUAAAGUUUCGAGUGAUUAUAUGUAUGUUUAGUAUUAGUUUUACAGAGUUCCAUUAUUUGUUUUAUUCGCUUUUUGUUUUUGUGUUUAUUUUACAUUAUUUACUGUUUUACACCUAGCGUAUCAUAAGAAUUAGUUUAAUUUUUCAGAAUUUAUUAAUUCAUGUUACAAAUUAGUACAAAGCAUGUUUGAUUACACCUAUUUUACAUUGCAUCACUUUAAAUGUCCAUUUCAGAGUGGGCCCAAAUUUUUUUUGUAUCCAUGACAUUUUUUGUUUGUUUAUUAAAUGAACCUUAUUUUUAUUUUAUCAUUUUAUCUUUUAAUUUUGACAAACCGGAUGGGUGUACCAAAUAAUGCUUUGAGAUUGUUUAAUAUUUAUACAUAUAUCGUGAAUGUAGGUAUUUAUUUUAAUUCUUCAUAUUUUAAUAGUUCUUGUAUAUGUUUGAGCUGUAAAUAUCGAUUCCAUGUGGUGAAAGUUUUGUAACACCACAUCAUAUUCAUUUCAUUGAUCUAAAGUAACAGUACAAAACUAAUCUUGU